AUGCUCGGCAAGAAAAUUGUUAUCAACGGAUCGAUGCAUGUCGCCAGGGAUUAUGGAAGCAAAAGAGUUACUCGACUUCAAUGGCAGGCAGACCUAAUGAUACCACUGCUACGUCUAUUGGGAAGCCUGGAGGCUGUGGCUCGUGUGUUCAACAGUGCUAGACUAUCUCCUAAUGGCAUGAUCACGUCGAGUGAUAGUCUGUAG